AUGAAGGAAAACCCUUCAAGUAUUUUUGACAAUGCUAUAAAUCUAGCAAUUGAGGCUAAAAACACACUCAAACAAAUCCCUGGUAUCGCCGUCUUGGAUCAUCCUUACAUGGACCCUUUACGAGUCACUGUUGGAGUUCAUGAUCUCGGUGUUUCAGGAUAUGAAGCUGAUGACUUCAUAUAUAUGGAUCAAAGGGUAGUGUCUGAGCUCUCUGGAUCGCGAUUUAUAACAUUGCCAUUUUCUCCCGGAACAUGUAGAGAGCAUGUUAAUAGGUUAAUCUUGGCGUUUAAGAACUUGUCAUCAUCAUCUUCAUCAUCGUCGUUUAUCAAAUUUAAUUCAAUGAACGGAAGAGUGGGUGUUGAUCUUGAGCCUUGGAGUGAUAUCAAGAUGAAACUUACACCAAGAGAGGCCUUCUUUGCAAAGAAAAAGAAGGUAGAUAUAAAAGAUGCAACUGGAAAAAUAUGUGGUGAGUUAAUAUGUCCAUAUCCACCUGGAUUUCCCAUUAUAACUCUUGGUGAAGUUAUAUCACAAAGAGUUGUAGAUAUUUUGCAACAAUCUAUAGUUGAUGGUGCUAAAAUAAUUGGGAGUUGUGAUCCUCUUCUGUCUUCAAUGCUUAUAUAUGAUGUUUAA